AUGGCAUCCGUCCGGCUCUUUCUUCUCUUCACUCUUUUGGCGGCUCUGGCUCUAGCCGUCCCGACUCCUACCCGGAGGAGAGGUCUUGCAAAGCGAUCGUUCAAGGUCCCACGCUCUUUGAACAAGGCUCACCCACGCGGUCUCAAUGGCUACGAUGCCAUGAAAAAGGUUGCUUUCAAGUAUAACAUGCAGACGUUGAAGGAUGGCUUCAUUGCGAAUAAGAAAUCCGGCAAAGGCGAGGCUAAAGCUCCUCCCAAAAUCAGUGCUUCGAACAGUACCACCAACGGGACUGGUUCCGGAACAGUUGCAGCCGUACCAGAGGAGAACGCAGCACUCUUCCUCUCUCCCGUUGAUGUUGGCGGUCAGACUUUGAACUUGGAUUUCGACUCCGGCUCCUCCGAUCUUUGGGUGUUCAGCACGGAACUCGACCAGGCAAAGAUCGGACAGCACAGCGCCUUCGAUGCCUCGAAGUCUACUACAUUCAAGCAAAUGCAGGGUGCACAGUUCAAGAUUUCGUACGGCGAUGGUUCAGGCGCUGCUGGCGUUGUCGGUACCGAUGUGGUCACUAUUGGUGGCGUGCAGGUCCAGAACCAAGCUAUUGAGCUUGCUACCGACGUCUCUCAGUCAUUCGUAGACGACCUGAACACUGAUGGUCUCGUUGGACUUGCAUUCUCCAACCUCAACACCGUCAAUGAUGGCACGAAGAAAACCCCCCAGAAGACCUUCUUUGACAACGUCAUGGGUGAUCUUGACCUCCCCGUCUUCACUGCAGACCUUGACCCCGAUGGCACUGGAGUCUACGAGUUCGGCAAGAUUGAUGCCACCAAGUUCGAGGGCGAGAUGGCGUGGAUCCCUGUUAACGCCACCUCUGGAUUCUGGCAAUUUCCCUCUACCAAAUUUGCCGUUGGCGACUCGGCAUUCGAGGCCUUUGGUGCAUCCCCUGCCAUUGCCGAUACUGGAACUUCCCUCUUGCUUGUCGACCAGCCCAUCGCUGAAGCUUACUACAGCGCCGUCCAGGGUGCCGAACUCAACCAGCAAGUCGGUGGUUUCAUCUACCCUUGCAAUGCGCAGCUUCCCGACAUGUCCGUCGCUAUCGGAGACUCCUACAUGGCUGUGAUUCCUGGCAACCAGAUCACCUUUGCCACUGUCGACCAGGCCAACACCACUUGCUUCGGCGGUGUUCAGGGAAACCAAGGUGCCGGCAUUCAGAUCUAUGGAGACACCCUCUUCAAGUCCCAGUUUGUCGUCUUCAACGGCGGCAACCAGUCCCUCGGAUUCGGUGCGAAGCCAAAGGCAUAG